ACAUUUAGUUAAUGAUACAUUUCGUUGGCCAUGCAGUCACCAAAAAGUGGCUUUAAAAGGGAGCCUCUGCUUGUGUAGUUCACAUUCACCAGCCAUGAGGGUGCUUGUACUAGCUCUUGCUGUGGCCCUUACAGCGGGUAACCAGGUCAGCUUUGCUCCAGAAUUUGCUGCUGGAAGGACUUACGUGUACAAAUAUGAAGCAUUUCUGAUGGGCGGCCUGCCUGAAGAGGGUCUGGCACGUGCUGGUGUAAAAGUUCGAAGCAAAGUUUUCAUCAGUGCAUCAUCUGCUGACACCUUCAUGCUCAAGCUUGUAGAGCCUGAAAUCUUUGAGUAUAGCGGUAUCUGGCCCAAAGAUGCUUUCAUCCCAGCCUCCAAGCUCACCUCAGCUCUGGCUGCUCAGCUACUGACCCCAAUCAAGUUUGAGUAUGCUAAUGGUGUUGUUGGCAAAGUGUUUGCACCAGCUGGUGUCUCUGCAACUGUGCUGAAUAUCUACAGAGGAAUCCUCAACAUCGUCCAGUUGAACAUCAAGAAGACUCAAAAUGUCUAUGAGCUGCAAGAGCCUGGAGCUCAGGGUGUGUGUAUGACCCACUACGUCAUCAGUGAGGAUGCAAAGGCUGACCGCAUCGUGCUGACCAAGACCAAAGACAUGAACCGCUGUCAGGAGAGAAUUUUUAAGGACAUUGGCUUGGCUUACACAGAGAGAUGUGUUGAGUGUGAGGCUAGAGGAAAGACCUUGAAGGGAGCUGCUGCUUUUAACUACAUCAUGAAACCGGCAGCUACAGGUUCUUUGAUCCUGGAGGCAACUGCUACAGAGGUCAUCCAGUUCUCACCUUUCAACAUCUUGAACGGCGCUGCCCAGAUGGAGGCUAAACAAAUCCUUACCUUUGUGGAGGUUGUGAAGACCCCAGUGCAUCCCAUCAGUGCUGAAUAUCUUCAUCGUGGAUCCCUGCAGUAUGAGUUUGGCAGUGAACUCCUUCAAACACCCAUCCAGCUUCUGAGGAUCAGCAAUGCUGAGGCUCAGAUUGUUGAGAUUCUGAACCACCUGGUGACCUUCAAUCUAGCCAAGGUCCAUGAAGAUGCCCCUCUGAAAUUUAUUGAGCUCGUCCAGCUGCUGCGUGUGGCCAGAUUUGAGAGUAUUGAGGCUCUCUGGACUCAGUUCAAAGCACGAGCAGAUUACAGGCAUUGGAUCCUGAAUGCUGUCCCUGCCAUUGGUACUCAUGCUACUCUGAGGUUCAUCAAGGAGAAGUUCCUUGCUGGUGAGCUGACUAUUGCUGAAGCUGCUCAAGCCCUGCUGGCAUCUGUGCACAUGGUGACAGCUGACCUGGAGGCCAUCAGGCUUGCUGAGGGCCUGGCCAUGCACCACAAGAUCCAAGCAAACCCAGUUCUGCGCGAGAUUGCCAUGUUGGGCUAUGGUACCCUGGUUGCUAAGUACUGUGCAGAGAACCCAACUUGCCCAGCUGAGUUAGUGAGGCCGAUCCAUGAACUUGCUGUCCAGGCUGUUGCCGGAGGUGAAAUUGAGGCACUCGUUCUCGCCCUCAAAGUCCUAGGAAAUGCUGGACAUCCUGCUAGCCUUAAGCCAAUCAUGAAGCUCCUUCCUGGCUUUGGCACGGCUGGUGCCAGUCUGCCGCACAGAGUUCACAUUGAUACCGCCCUGGCCCUGAGGAACAUUGCCAAAAGGGAGCCCAAGAUGGUCCAGGAAAUAGCUGUUCAGCUGUUCAUGGACAAGGCUCUCCACCCAGAGCUCCGUAUGGCUGCUGCUAUCAUCUUGUUUGAGACCAAGCUGCCCAUGGGUCUGGUGACUACUCUUGCUGAUGCCCUCUUGAAAGAAGCAAAUCUGCAGGUCGCUAGCUUUGUCUACUCUUACAUGAAGGCCAUGACCAAGAACACUGCCCCUGACUUUGCCUCUGUUGCUGCUGCCUGCAACGUUGCUGUGAAGAUCCUUAGCCCCAAAUUCGACAGACUGAGCUACCGCUACAGCAGAGCUUUCUAUUUUGAUGCCUACCAAAACCCCUGGAUGAUGGGUGCUGCUGCCAGUGCCUUCUACAUUAAUGAUGCUGCAACUGUUAUGCCAAAAGCCUUUGUGGCCAAAGCUCGCACCUACCUGGCAGGAGCUUAUGCUGAUGUUUUUGAGUUUGGAGUGAGAGCUGAGGGUGUCCAGGAGGCCCUCCUGAAGCACCAAGAAGCUCAUGAGAAUGUUGACAGGAUCGCCAAGAUGAAACAAGUCAUGAAGGCUCUUUCCGAGUGGAGGGCUAAUCCCUCAAGCCCGCCCCUGGCCUCUGUGUAUGUGAAGUUCUUUGGACAGGAAGUUGCAUUUGCCAACAUCGACAAAGCAAUCGUUGAUCAGAUUAUUGAGCUUGCCAGUGGACCAGCAGUUCACACUUAUGGCAGGAAGGUUUUGGAUGCUGUGCUGUCUGGUUUUGCAUUUCAUUAUGCUAAACCAAUGCUGGUUGCUGAGGUUCGCCGCAUCCUUCCCACAGCUGUUGGUCUGCCCAUGGAGCUCAGUUUCUAUACUGCUGCAGUGGCUGCUGCAUCUGUCGAACUCCAAGCCACUGUGUCACCACCUCUGCCUGAGAACUUCCAUGCUGCCCAGUUUCUGAAGUCUGAUAUCAGCAUGAGGGCUGCCAUUUCUCCAAGUGUCUCCAUGCACACCUAUGCAGUUAUGGGAGUGAAUACUGCUUUCAUCCAAGCUGCCCUUCUAUCAAGAGCCAGAGUUUACACAAUCGUUCCUGCAAAGAUUGAAGCAAGAAUUGACAUGAUCAAGGGCAACUUCAAGUUUCAGUUCUUUCCUGUUCAGGGCGUUGAUAAGAUUGCAUCUGCACUCGUUGAGACUUUCGCUGUUGCAAGAAAUGUGGAAGACCUGGCAGCUGCCAAGUUCACACCAGUGAUUCCAACAGAACCUGCAACUCAGCUGUCAAGGGCAGCUUCUAGGAUGGCAUACUCUCUGGCUGGUGAAAUGUCAGCAUCAUCUGAAAUCAUUCCCAUUGACCUGCCAAGAAAAAUUAUGAACAAACUGAAAGUCCCCAAGGCCUUUGAGAAGAAAAUGUGUGCAGCAUUUGAAACUUUUGGAAUCAAAGCAUGCACUGAGAUUGAAUCUCGCAAUGCCGCUUUCAUCAGAGACUGCCCACUCUACGCCAUUAUUGGAAAGCAUGCUGUCUCGGUUGAGGUUGCUCCAGCGGCUGGACCAGUCAUUGAGAAGAUUGAAAUUGAGAUUCAGGUAGGAGAUAAAGCAGCUGAAAAAAUCAUCAAGGUGAUUAACCUGAGCGAAGAAGAGGAAAUUCUUGAGGACAGGAACGUGUUGAUGAAACUCAAGAAAAUCUUGGUUCCUGGUCUGAAGAACAGGACAUCAGCUUCCUCCAGCUCCAGCAGCUCUCGUUCCAUUAGCUCCAUCUCCAGCAGCUCCCGUUCAAGCCUCUCCUCUGCUGCAUCAUCCCUCUCUAGCUCCUCCUCUCGCAGUAAGAGCAAGAUGGUUGAUGUUGUUGCUGCCGUCAGCAAGACAUCAAAGAGAGUAAGCAGCAUUUUCAGCAGCUCCUCCAGCAGCAGAUCAAGCCUUCGCUCAAAGAGCUCCUCCAGCAGUGCUUCAAGCAGCCGCUCAUCUCUCCUUUCCAGCAGCCGCUCUUCCAGCUCCAGCUCCUCUAGGUCCAGUGCCCUGUCCAAAUAUGAAAUGAAGUUUAUCAAAAACCAUAUCCAUCAGCAUGCCCUCUCCACAGCACGGGCCAACAGCAAGAGCAGUGCCUACAGCUUCGAAGCUAUCUACAACAAGGUCAAAUAUCUUGCCAAUGCUGUCACCCCUGCUGUGACCAUUCUCAUCCGUGCUGUGAGAGCUGACCACAAGGUUCAAGGAUACCAGAUUGCAGCUUACUUUGACAGAGCUACUGCCAGAGUGCAGGUUAUUUUUGCCAACUUGGCCGAGAACGACCGUUUCAGAAUCUGCGCUGAUGGUGUGAUGCUGAGCAACCACAAACUGAUGGCCAAGGUUGCCUGGGGCAUCGAGUGCAAACAAUACCAGACUGAAAUCAUAGCUGAGACUGGUCUUGUUGGUCAAGAGCCUGCGUUACGCCUGAAGCUGACCUGGGACAAACUUCCAAAGAGCAUGAAACGCUACGCAAAGCAGCUUUCUGAGUACAUUUCUCGCAUUGCUUGGGAAACUGGAGUAAACCUGGUAAAGGUCAAGAAUGCUCGUAAUCAGAUCAAACUGAGUGUAGCUGUUGCUUCUGAGACAAGCCUCAAUGUUGUGCUGAAGACACCAAAGAGGACCAUUUACAAACUUGGUGUGAGUCUCCCAAUUUCUCUGCCACUCGGGGAUACUGCUGCCGAAAUGGAAACAUACCAGAGCAACUGGGCUGACAAAAUUUCCUACAUGAUCGCGAAGGCCCAUGCAGCUGAGUGCACAAUGGUUAAAGACACACUGAUCACAUUCAACAACAGGAAAUAUAAGAACGAGAUGCCCCACUCUUGCUACCAGGUUUUGGCUCAGGAUUGCACCCAAGAACUUAAAUUCAUUGUUCUACUGAAGAGGGACCAAACACAGGAACAGAACCAGAUCAAUGUGAAGAUUGCUGACAUCGAUGUUGACAUGUAUCCGAAGGAUAAUGUUGUCAUGGUGAAGGUUAAUGGAGUCGAAAUCCCACUCAGCAACCUGCCAUAUCAGCAUCCCACAGGCAAAAUUCAGAUCAGACAGAGAGGUGAGGGCAUCACUCUCCAUGCUCCCAGCCAUGGUCUUCAGGAGGUCUAUUUUGAUCUGAACGCACUGAAGGUUAAAGUUGUGGACUGGAUGAGAGGACAGACUUGUGGUCUCUGUGGAAGGGCUGAUGGGGAAGUCAGACAGGAGUACCGCACACCCAACAAACGCUUCACCAAGAACGCAGUCAGCUACGCUCAUUCCUGGGUUCUGCCUGGAAAGAGCUGCCGUGAUGCUUCUGAGUGUUACAUAAAGCUUGAGUCUAUGAAGUUAGAGAAACAGAUUGACCUCCAUGGCCAGGACUCAAAAUGCUACUCUGUUGAGCCUGUGCUGCGCUGUCUGCCCGGAUGCGUGCCAGUGAGGACCACCAACGUUUAUAUUGGCUACCACUGCGUACCUGCUGAUUCUAACGUGAACCGUUCUGAGGGUCUCAGCAGCAUCUUUGAGAAGAGUGUUGACCUGAGAGAAUCAGCUGAAGCUCACCUGGCCUGUCGCUGCACUGCUCAGUGCGCUUAAUGCCUUAAUUACUUCAAUGAUGUUUUAGUAUUUGUUUCAUAAAAACAUUGUUAAUUGUUGUUUGAACUGUAAAUCUGAAUAAAUAUCAGGAGCACAAGCA